CUGGAUUCCUCCACAUCCAAACGACCAAACGCGGCGGCCGGGCUCCUGUGCAGCGGCUUAGCUCUCUUCUCGCCCUCCCGCCGUCCGCCGCCUUGGCGUCGCUGUACUCGCGCCCGUGCCGUGCGCUACCGACCAAGCCUAAGAGUGACAUGUCGGCGUCGGAUCUUCCCGACGAGCUGUGGGCGCGUGUCCUGGAGCUGGGAGCCGCGUCGUCCGCGCUGGGGUUCCGCGACCUCUGCUCCAUUGCCAUCGCGUCCCGCCGCCUCGGACGCCUCUCCGUCUACCCCGCCCUCUGGUCGAAACUCCUCUCUCGCGAUUUCCCCUCCCAAUCCGAACCCUCCACGUCCUCGGCCUCCACCUCCCAGCCGCCGCCGCAGCGGCUCCACCCCAAAUCCCUUUACAAGACCAAGUUUGAGAGGCACAAGGUGAGGAUGGCUGAGGCGAGGCGGCGGGCGGUGUUCGAAGCGGAGGCGCGGGUGCUAGCUUCCAGGAGGCGACUGGUGGAGCUGGAGGAGUCCAUUCGGGAAGAGGGGGAGAGGAUGAAGACGGCUGCGCAGGAGCUCGACAACCUCGAGAGGGUCAGGAGAGCUUCUGUGGCAUUAAACGUAUGGCAACCACAAGUUGUUCGUGGUCGUCAGAAGCAGUUGGUUCAGCAAUGCACAGUUCCUGUUGAUUCCCGUCUUAGUGAUCUAAACAUGGAGCUGAAAGUUUGUAAGCAACAAAUAGCAACUUAUAAGAAUGCCUAUAGCAAGGAGAAGCACAAGCUGAAUGAUUGUGAGGAAGCAUUGAAACGAGCAAAGUAUCACCCACUGCAGGAUAGUCAUACAAGUGGAACUAUCAAUGAGCCACGUGCAAAGAGGAAGAAACUGAAAUGAGCCAUACGAUUUGCCUCCGGACUCAAGAUUGGACAGCGCAGCGAACCGGCUUCAUCCUUGGUCUCUCUGUCCAUGCGCGCACAUGAAGUCACGAAAGGUGCUAUAUUAUGAUAUAGGACCAGGAGGCACCUCGGCUGUGCAAUUCUUUGCCAUUUUUCCAGGCACGAAGGUGCUAUUAUGAGGAAGCACCUCGGGUGUUUCCAUAUAUUGCUGAAAGUGUCCACGACUCCACGGAUGUUGUACACCGUCCACCGACCAGAUAAUUCCGCAGCAGAAAGGCGCCGACUAUUCCUAUCGUGGAAUUGUUUAUCCUCCACGAAGCUGUGGGCUAGAGCCCAGUGCUGAAGCUUACCAGAUUUGACUUUGAAAACCACUACUAGUAGCUUCUAGCUUGUACACAACUAGGUAUCGUGUAUAUCAUCAUCGUCGUCAUCAUCAUCAUUCUUAUAAAGACACUAAUCUAUUUUCGUUCCUUGAAAUCAAAAGAAACUUACCC